AAGGUCCUGUAUUAAGUGCAGUGAAUGUUACAUUUGGGAUCGUAGUCAGAGUGAUAUCCCAAAAAACUAGGAGAUGAUGAGAUUUGUUUAGAAACCCUAAAAUCUGUUCGGGUCGAGGGUUCAGUAAAAUACCCGUUUUUAACACAAAAUAAAUAUAAAAACGAAACAAACAAACAUUCCUUCAUCCUCUCUGUUUCUGCGAUUGCGAUUGCGAUUUAUUCACUUCGUCACUGUCUAGUGUGUUCUAUAUUAAACUCUUACAAUCACUUGUUCUCUUCAUGGCUUCAACCAAUGGUCCCCCUCCACGAAUUUCACCUACUGCUGCAAAAGGAACUAUUGUCGGUGUCGAUGGGGAUUAUGCUGAUCAACAACCUGACCUGUCCUACACCAGUUAUUUUCAACAACCAGGCCUUCAUAAAUCAGAAGACAUGCCUUAUCGUUCUUCGGUAUCACCUUCUGCUGGCAUGCAAUAUAAACCUGUCAGUGGUUCUGUAUUUGCAAAAAAUUAUCCAAAAUCUUCUACCUUAGAGGAUCAAAACAGCUCACAAUAUGCACAUAGAACUGGCAGUUUAACCAGCAGGCUACCCAAGAUUUUGAUUAAUGCCAGAAAAGAAAUGGAAAUUCAAAAAAAGGCUCCUCAUUUGCAUUCUAAUUUUACAGCUGCUACACCUACAAGGACCUACAACCAAACAGGAAACUUUUCAUCAUUUGCCAACCCAAGAAGCCAUGUCUUCCCGCAUACUAACUACAGGCCAAAUGCCUCCACCAACUACAGACCAAGUGCCUCUACAAAUUACAGACCAAAUGUCUCUACCAACUACAGACCAAAUGCCUCUACGAACUACAGACCAAAUGGUGGAGUGUCUAAUGUAAAUGAUAGAGUUUUGUUGAGCGAGGAAUUCAGAAGUGGAGGACCUGAAAUGUCAAAGGAAAUGACUCGGGGUCCUCGGUUUCAUCAAAGAAGUUCUCGCCCACAAUCAUCAGUUGUUAAGGAUGAGUUUGCAGUCACAGUAUGCAGAGAUCGAUAUAACCUUCCAGAUUUCCAAACUAAAUAUGAAGCUGCCAAGUUUUAUAUGAUUAAAUCUUUCAAUGAAGAUGACAUUCAUAAGGGUAUUAAACAUGAUGUUUGGACAAGCACUCCACAUGGGAAUAAGAAGUUGAACGCCGCAUUCCAAAAUGCAGAAGCUAAAUUAAGUGAGACAGGCACGCAGUGCCCAGUCUUCCUCUUCUUCUCGGUUAAUGCAAGUGGGCAGUUUGUCGGAGUAGCUGAGAUGCUUGGGCCAGUGGACUUCAAAAAAGAUAUGAAGUUUUGGAAACUCGACAAAUACAACGGGUUCUUCCCGAUUAAGUGGCAUAUAAUAAAAGAUGUUCCAAAUCGCCAGUUUGUGCACAUCAUCCUUCAAAACAACGAGAACAAGUGUGUAACUUUCAGCAGAGACACACAAGAGAUUGGACUGAAAGAGGGUCUGGAAAUGCUGAAAAUAUUUAAAAGUUAUCAAGCUAAGACUUGUCUAUUGGAUGAUUUUGAUUUCUAUGAAAAUCGAGAGAAGUUAAUACAUUCUGAAAAGAUUACUGAGCAGCAUACAAGCCCAAAACAGGAAGUGUACAACAAUGACAGUUAUUAUAACACAAUGAAGGCAAGAGAGGAGAAAACAGAGAUGCAUUCGAGUGGUAGGAAUGAAGAAACUCUGGUCAAACUGACAAAGAAUCUCUCUCUCAAUCCCUCUGUAAGACAAGGCUUUAGAUAGUUAGAUUGACCAAUUACGAGUAAAAUACCAAAGAAAAAAAGGAUGGCCAGAUUAAUUUUUUUAUUUUAUAUUUUAGAGAAUUAUGACAAUAAGUAUGGCUCUUAUCUAAUUAUGACAAUUUAUUAUACAUAAGAUCACCUCGAGACAUUUGGAUUUUAAUAAAGUUCACAUCACUUUUACAUUUCAA